CUCAGGCACUAUCUAUCAACCACACACUCUCCCCUGCUUAUCCGACCACAAAGAAUUUCUCGUGAGAAGGUAACAUGUGGCUGACAAGGUAGCAUCUCAUAUACCACAUUGUUGGGUAAUAGGAACAAUCGAUAGAUACUAGAUAGGGGACAAAGGGAGCUUAUUUAUAGCCUAGUAGACCGGCAGUUCGAUAGAUAAUUUCUCCUUCCCCGCCUGAGCUCCCUCCAUCAUCACAUCAUCCCAACGGCAAUCUCCAGGCAACCCCACAGAAAUCCCAAAACACAACUACCGAAGGUAACCAUGCCGGCAACUCCAUAUCUCGACGCUCUGCAAAAAGACGGCUUCGUCCGCAUUCCGUCCCUCCUGACCCCCGAGGAAGUCGCCCACUUCCGCACCAUCGCUACCGAAGCGACCACCCGCACCCGUACCGGACAAUGGCCUCACUUCCGCACCGUUCCCAAGCAAUUCCCGCCCUGGCCCAAGACGCCUCCGCCAGCCUCGGAAGGCGGAAUCUGGGGUGUGCAGCAUCUCCUGCACCCCGAGAUGCCGGGACGGACGGAAUUUGCACGGUUCUACUUUUCCGAGAAAGUACUGGCCGUGGCGGAGGAGCUGUUGGGAUUGAAAGGGGAGGAGGCUAAGGGCCAGGAUGAGCCGCUUGUGAUGGAGUUGUUUAAUUUGCUGGUUGCGCCGGAGACGAAGGACUUUGAGCUACGCUGGCACCGCGAUGAUAUUCCGGAGACGGUGACCCCUGAUGAGGAGCUGAAGAUGUUGGAGGCCAAGAGCCCGCUGGGGAAGCAGUCGCAUGCGCAGUAUAAUCUGGCUCUCUGUCCGGAUUCUUCCCUGAUUGUGAUUCCGGGCUCCCAUCGGCGGGUGCGGACGGAGGUGGAGCGUAAUGCUGCCCCGUAUGAGCCUGAGUUGCCGGGUCAGUUGGUUGUGGAGUUGCAGCCUGGUGAUGCCGUGUUCUAUGAUAGUAAUAUCCUCCACCGUGGGGUGUAUAAGGCUAAGCCGGAGGGAGGCGCAGAAACAAGGCUGACCUUGCAUGGAAGCCUUGGGCUGAAUGCGUCUGCAUUGGCUGCGAAUGAGGACAAGAAAGUUCGAGCUACUGCGGUCUUGCAGCAUGGCGUUGGUGCUUGGGUGCAUCGGGAUGAUGCCGCCUUUGGUAUCGGAGAGCGGCCCGAGAAGAUGAGAGCCAAUCUAGUGGCCAUGGGGACAGGUGAAGGGGUGGGUUACUCCCUGCAGGGGUAACUUGGUCAGGAACGGAACAUGAAUUUCCAAGUGUACAUAAGAUGAUGGCUGUUAAUAUCGGAAUAUAGGAUGCCUGUCUAUAUCUCUGUUGAUCAAGCAAAAGAGUGCAUCAAGCCUCGCAUCUAGUAUAUAUAAAGGUUGAUAUAUGUGCCCGAAACGAGGUAUCUUAAUGAGAAAUGCAUCCG